CUGGGAGCAGGGCCCCUGGACGCAGUGCUCUGUGUCCUGCGGUGAAAAUGGCGGCUGGCAGGAUCGCAGCGUGCUGUGCGUGGAGGAGGACACCCACGGACAGUUCUCGCAGGUGGAGGAGUGGAAGUGCACCCACUCCCCUCGACCGAUCACCAGACAGAUCUGCAACGUCUUCGCCUGCCCGCAGUGGGUGGCCAUGGAGUGGUCUCAGUGCACAGUGACGUGUGGGCGUGGCCUGCGUUACCGGGUGGUUCUGUGCAUCGACCAUCGCGGGCAGCACAUCGGAGGCUGCGAGGCGUCGCUCAAACCUCACGUUAAAGAGGACUGUCUGGUCCCCAUCGCCUGCCACAAGCCACGAG